AUGUUGAAAUUUUACAAGGUGGUCCACAAACUCUCUUUUCGGUUCUUAUUUUACUCAGCAAUACUUUCAUAUUUUAUGAGAGAGAGAGAAGAACGAUGUGUGCUGUUGUAAUAAGCGUUAAAAAGCCCCGAAAAGAGAGCUCGUUGCGGGCCGCGCUUUCCACACUAAAAUCCAGUGUCGAAGGUAUCGAAAGUAUCUCUUUUCGCGCUCUUUUCGGGUCUUGUUUUGAGCUCUCUCUCAUUAAACAUGGCCUCAAAGCGCUCUCCCUAGUGCUGAGCGUAACAUAAGCCCCGAAAAGAGAGAUUUGCGGGCCACCUUGCAUAAUUUCAGCUUUGCCAGUAUCGAUAGUAUCGAAAGUAUCGAUGCACUAUCGAUACACGCUGCCCAGCCGGUGUCCAGCGGGUGAUUAGCAACACUGUGAAUGUGAAGCUCUCUGAAAAAGUUUUUCUGGUGAAAAUUGUUCGAUUUCGGCAAAAAAAAAAAAAACAUGGACGAGGCUAAGGGCGAUAAAACUAUGCGCUUUCUAUCGAUGAACAUCAAAGACUGCCUCGGCUGCAGCGAUGUGAGCGUGUCGUUCCCCCAAUCGAACAGCGUGCACGUGCUGCUGUACAAGCCGAUGGGGCAGGAGCAGGCCCGCGACACCGUCAAUGUGGCCGUGACGCCUGUGGCACAGGCCAUACAGCUGCUGUGCACUCGGACCUUUCCGGACGCCGAGAGCUUGGAGCGGCUGCCGCUGCUGGAGGUGGGACGCGGCAGCGUUUCCCUGCGCUUUCAGGUGUUGCAGCCCGCACCCUCGGAGGAGGACAGCGACAGCGACUUGGACCUGGAGCCGUCCACAUCGGCGCAGGCAAGAGUGCGUCUCGAGGAGCGGAAGAAACGCCACGAGGCGGCACGUAAUCGCAAGAAAAUCUUCGUAGUCGAAAAGGAGGUGAUGGUCGAGCGGCGAUUCGACGAUCCCCAGAGUCUGGACUGGGUCACCUUUACGGUGAACGGUGGCGAUAUCCUCAAAUGGCAGCUGGACGAGUUCCACGCUCAGUUCUUCGAGGAUCCCCAGUACUCGUCCAUCCAUCUGUGGGAUCUGCAGCACAAGUGCGCCGGCAAUUGGCUGCAGAUCAUCCGGCCGGACGGCAAUGGCUACAAAAACUUUCAGACCCCGGGCAAUCCUUUUGAGAUCUUUGCCAAGCUCUUCGUUCGCAAGGAGCUGGAUGAGGAGAAUUUGGUGUGCAAAUUGGCCGAAUCCUGUAUUACCGUCAACGAGGCCGUACUCCGCUCGGAGCGUCAGUUUGUGAUGCAGGUGUUCAACUAUGUGCGCGGCAUAUUCGAGUACAUCACCAUGAAGCAGUAUACGGUGUGGUUCCUGGUGCCCGGCGCCCAGGGCCCUCAAAGUCUGACCGAAGAGGAUCUCGACUUCGAUUUGCGUACUGUGCGCACUUCCAUCCGUAUUGCUGGCGACAACAGGAACAUCUUCUGGAGCCAGUCCGAUCACAAUGUCCAGAACUUGCUGAUGGUCUCCUUCCAGUUGGCCCUGAGCAGCAUUGCCAAGCAAUCGGUGCUGAUUAUCAGCCAUUUGGAUAAGGUUUGCACUGUGUGCCUUUGAGUCUACGUUUCUCUUGAUCCCCCCCUCCAC